AAGUGCUCGCGUCUGACGGAUAGGAUAUAAAGUCCUCACCUGAUUCCCUUCCCAUCAAACCUAACUUGAGCCAAUCGCUCUGAUUCUGAGGAUCUCAGUUAAGGAGGAGUUAGGGACUGCUGUAGCUCCCAUAGGACCUUUACCAAAACAGUUUUUACCCAACGUGGGGGUGGAAGAGACCUUUGUCGUGCAAAGUUCGGUCUCUUGGCCGAGUAAACACUUUCUGGGAAAUGAGCCAAACUAACCGACAGUUAUCUCGGAGCAGAAUUUGGCUAUGUGGGGAGAACAGAAAGACAGGCGACGUUGUGAGCGCUCCCAGCAUGGCGCUACAAGCUGAAGAAAGUCGGGUCUAUUUUACUAAAAACUCAAGAGAAAAAAGUGUCGGUGGGCUGAUAGAACCCGACAGUAUGGACGCACACCUUUACAACUCCGGACACAUUAGUCCACUAGCCUGUGACAUGGAAAAACCCUGCUGCCAGACAGCUGGUGCCCCUUAUGAGGAGUUGUUAAACGCUGAGUGCCGUGUGGACGACAGUCGCUCUUUUUCUGCCUGCGCCACUAUCUCGGAGACAGCCAGGGAGCUGUGCAAAGCUGUGUCCGUGUCGCUGGGACUGAACGAAAUGGACGCUGCUCUGGUCCCGCGUGCCGCAAACGACCAUAUGCGAGGAGACUAUUUGUUCGGAGUCGGAGCCGUGCCUCUGAAGUGUCCCGGACCUCAGGGUGCUGUCACCGAGUACACGUGCCCCGAGCGCUCUCUGCACGACCAGAAGCAACUGGUGGAAAUGUUUAAAAGUCCAGAGACUAAUGCGCGUCUUCAACACCUUACCUCCACUCGGACAUCUGUGGAUGAGCAGAACUUUACACUAGUGUGCGAGGCUGAUGACACGAAUUCAGAAGAGAUCGAUCAUGUGGAGAGAGCGCGUGCCGCCUCUUGUUCUUAUGCCACAUCAGCGCCGGGCAACUUGGCCCACUUCGGUCAGACGGCCACAGAGCGACCGUGCCGGGUUUACAAAUCCCCCGAUGAAGCGCUAGACUUUGGGGAAGCCAUGGAGAACAAGUUCGGCGGUUAUCAGCCAGAACAAUACAACGUCAAAGUGGAAUGUGAGGACGCCGGUGAAUCUGCAGGGGCAUUGUGGAGCAGUAAUUACACCUUUAAUGAGAAGUACAACACUCAGUGUUGGGGCUCGAGGCAAUGCAUGGAUGCGCAGAGCACAGGUGCCAACAGCGCGUUCAUAUGUAAUCCAUACGAGAGGAGCGUCAUGCGCCCUGAGCAGUGGUACCCUGGCGGGAUGCUGAGGCCGCCUUAUCCCAACCCCAACUACGUGAAGACUGAAGUUGGCGAAUGGCUAGAUGGCGCCUGCAAUGACACCAGGUUCGAGGUUGGCAGAGAGCACAUGUUUCCCAUGGAGUUCUUCUUUCCACCGCAGAGAAUGUGCCUGAUCUGUUCAGACGAGGCAUCUGGCUGCCAUUACGGUGCGCUCACCUGUGGCAGCUGCAAGGUUUUCUUCAAAAGAGCUGCAGAAGUAGGCAAACAGAAAUACCUGUGUGCGAGCAAAAACGACUGCACCAUUGAUAAGCUAAGAAGAAAGAACUGUCCGUCUUGUCGGUUGAAGAAGUGUUUCGAAGCUGGAAUGACUCUCGGAGCACGUAAACUGAAGAAGAUUGGCCAACAGAAAAACCCUGAAGAGGAUCAUCCUCUUCAGGACCCUUCAGAUGUCAUCCAGAAUUUCUCUCCAAAAUCAGGCCUGAACUUCAACUCCCAGCUGGUCUUCCUCAACAUCCUGGAGUCCAUUGAACCUGAGGUGGUGAAUGCAGGGCACGACUACGGCCAACCAGACUCAGCUGCCAGCCUGCUCACAAGCCUCAACGAGCUGGGAGAGAGACAACUGGUCAAAGUGGUCAAAUGGGCAAAAGGAUUGCCAGGUUUUAGAAAUCUCCAUAUGGACGACCAAAUGACCGUUAUUCAACACUCAUGGAUGGGGGUGAUGGUGUUUGCCCUGGGAUGGAGGUCCUAUAAGAACGUCAAGGGCAGGAUGCUUUACUUCGCCCCAGAUCUAGUGUUCAAUGAACAUCGGAUGCACAUUUCCUCCAUGUAUGAGCACUGCAUACGGAUGAGACAUCUUUCACAGGAGUUCCUGCUGCUGCAGAUUACUCAGGAAGAGUUCCUCUGCAUGAAGGCCUUGCUCCUCUUCAGCAUUAUUCCCGUCGAGGGUCUCAAAAGUCAGGAGUGCUUCGAUGAAUUGCGUCACACUUACAUCAACGAACUCGAUCGCCUCAUUAACCAUCGUAUGGCGGCCAAUUGUCCUCAGAGGUUCUACAAGCUCACCCGACUCUUGGACUCUCUCCAGAUGACAGUAAAGAAGCUCCAUCAGUUUACAUUUGACCUUUUUGUCCAGGCUCAGUCGCUCCACACAAAGGUCAGCUUUCCAGAGAUGAUCGGAGAAAUAAUCUCAGUACAUGUACCAAAGAUGCUGUCAGGUUUGGCUAAACCAAUUUUGUUUCAUGAGUAGACAAUUUUUUUAUUUAUCAACAAGUGACUCAUCGUUGCUGCCUCCGUAAACUUUAAUGAAGGUACUCUUUCUCCACAUAUUCAGUCUGACCUGUAACAAUUAUUUUGUUUUUUGAGUUCUUUUGAUCCUUUUAGCCAUAAUGGAGAUUGUUCAGAACUGCUAAAGUGCUGCAAGGCAUCACCUGUUGACAAGCUCUGCUAUUUCUGAGUGGAGAGUUUGUGUUUUCAGCCAAAGCACAGACACUACUUUACAUAUGCAUUAAGUCAUGAUUAGGUUUUGCAUGUGACCUUGAUUAUGCAUACACUUGACAAGGAAAAUAAAUACUAAAAAAACAAAACCAAGAUAUGGCCCAAAGAGCAGAUGAGAAUUGGAUCACAGAAAUAAACAAAUACUUUUUUACCAAAAACU